UAAUGCAAAGGAAAAUGGCUUGUGAUUUACUUAUUUGGGGAUUACUAAUGUUUGGAUGCAGCAUACAAGCAUUGUUAGUUGCAUCUGAAGAUGACCCAUUGGAAUAUAUGAGUAAAGAAGAACGGGAAGCAUUAAAGGAAGAAGCAAGAGAUAUGUUUUGUCAUGCAUAUAAUGCUUAUAUGGAUAAUGCAUAUCCUGCUGAUGAAUUAAUGCCAUUAAGUUGUAAAGGAAGAUACAGAGGAUCAGAACCAAAUAGAGGUGAUAUAGAUUCUACAUUGGGAAAUUUUUCGCUUACAUUGGUUGAUACCUUAGAUACUUUGGUGGUAUUAGGAGAUUUAGAGGAAUUUGAACAUGCAGUUAAACUUGUUGUCAGAGAUGUUAGCUUUGACACUGAUGUUAUUGUUUCUCUAUUUGAAACUAAUAUUAGAAUGCUGGGUGGUCUUCUGAGUGGUCACAUACUAGCAGAAUAUUUACAACAAAGAGCUGAUAUAAUGCCAUGGUAUAGAGGUGAACUUCUAAAUUUGGCCAAAGAUUUAGGAUAUAGAUUUUUACCUGCAUUUAAUACAACUACAGGGAUACCAUAUGGCAGAAUAAAUUUAAAGUAUGGUAUGAAAGGUGUACCUUUGGAAGUAUCACGAGAAACAUGUACUGCCUGUGCAGGUAGUAUGAUUUUAGAAAUGGCAGCAUUGUCAAGGUUAACAGGAGAACCAAUUUUUGAAGAAAAAGCACAAAAAGCGAUGGAUGUUUUAUGGAGAAUGCGUCAUCGUGGUACUGAUUUAAUGGGGUCUGUGUUAAAUGUACAUUCCGGUGAUUGGGUAAGAAGAGAUUCUGGUGUAGGAGCAGGUAUAGAUUCCUACUAUGAGUAUUGCCUUAAAGCAUACAUUUUAUUGGGUGAUGAAAAAUAUCUUGGACGGUUCAAUAAACAUUAUCAAGCAGUAAUGAAGUAUGUAAGCCAAGGUCCAAUGUUAUUGGAUGUACAUAUGCACAGGCCAAAUACGAACUCGAAAAAUUUUAUGGAUGCUUUAUUGGCCUUUUGGCCUGGUUUGCAGGUGCUAAAAGGUGAUAUCAAACCAGCUGUAGAAACGCAUGAAAUGUUAUAUCAAGUUAUGCAGAGACAUAAUUUUAUACCAGAAGCAUUUACUACUGACUUUCAGGUACACUGGGGGCAUCAUCCGUUAAGGCCAGAAUUUUUAGAAUCAACGUACUUCCUGUAUCGUGCUACUGGCGAUCAUUAUUAUUUAGGAGUUGGCCGUAAGGUACUCAAAAGUCUGCAAACUUAUGCCAGAGUACCAUGUGGUUAUGCAGCUGUAUCAGAUGUUAGAACUAAUAAGCAUGAUGAUACAAUGGAUAGCUUUGUAUUAUCAGAAACUUUUAAAUACUUAUUUCUGUUAUUCGCGGAGCCAGGCGAACUACUUUUAGAUUUGGAUGAAUUUAUUUUUACAACCGAGGGACAUCUAUUGCCAUUAACACUUGCUUCUAUAAGAACUAAUAUUUCUUUGCAAGAUUUUGAGCGAGAUAUCAUACAUGUGGAUGAAAUGGACCGUACUUGCCCUAAUAGUCUGCACCUAUUUCCUGCAUCAGUAAGACAGCCUUUGAGAAACAUGGUUGAAGAUGUGUAUCCCAGGCAUGCAUUAAAAAGAAGAUUAAGCGCUGCACAAUUUCAGGCAAAUAAUUGGGAACAUUUAAGGUUGUUGAGUGAUAUGGGAAUAACGGCUUUAACUUUGGCAGAUGGACGUGUUCAACUGUUGCAUACAUUUUCUAACGUAAAGCAAAGUUUCUUUGCAAAAACACCGCAGGAUUCUGAAGAAGGUUUAUUAUUCAUGCAAGAAAUGGUUGAAAUAAGUAAAAUGCAAUCCCAACAAACUGAAGCUAAACCACAAGCUGUCACGUUUGUAAAACCAAACACGAGUCCACCUCAAAUAAUUACUCUGUUAGCUGGACCAGCGCAAUUUGGAUUAGAAUUACAGGGUUUAAAUAAAGUAACCGGGAAAGUUGUUUUUACAUUUCCAUCUGCUGCAUGCACUGAUCUUCAUAAUGCAGAUAAACUUACAGGCAAGAUAGCAAUAAUGGGUCGGGGUAACUGUAUGUUUAUAGAAAAGGCAAGACGAAUCCAACAAGCAGGUGCUGUUGCUGGAAUAGUGUUGGAUAAUGUAGAUGGUUCCAGUGCUGCAACUUCGCCUAUAUUUGCAAUGUCAGGAGAUGGAAAAGAAGUGGACGACGUAACUAUUCCCGUUGUAUUUUUGUUUAGCAUGGAGGCUUCUGAGCUAUUAAAAGCAAUUGCCGUGGCAAACGGUGAUCUUACAGUUACUCUUAGCAAUUUCUUUUCAAAAGAAGAUGCACAACUGAAAGCACCCACCGAUUUAUCAAUGUUCGAACGGUUAAAGGGAUCGCUAAAAUCUUUCCUUACACGUCAAAUGACACCACAGACAUCUCCAAGCAGUGGGACAAAUUUGGAUUUGGACCCUGAGCUUAAACACGAAGGAGAAGAAAAGGACAUAAUCGUUUUUUACGAUCUACGUGCUGAAAUAAUCAAAGAUUCGCUUGGCGGAGAAGUAAGAAUCAGUUCGUCGUACAUAUCUGUUCCACUUACGAAAGAAUCGGAGGAUAACACGUUAAUAGAGAAACAAUGGCGACAAUUGAAAGAAGUUUUUGUUAAUCAUAUAUAUUUGGAUGUAAAACAGAAAGCAGGCUUACAAAUCAGAAGUUUUAUAUUAGAAAGUUAUUACAAUUGGAUAGUAAAGUCACGAGGUGGAGAUGAUACUAUGUUAAAAGUAUCUUUGCGAGAUAAAGUUGCGUGGUUCUUAGAAGAAUUAGCUGUAGUUGUACCAAAUCCGUCCAUUAUGAAAAUGGACCAAUUAAUGGAUUUUAUCAAACAAAAAUUGUUGAAACAAUAUUUGUUAACAAAAAUGGAUAUUAUGGUUUUAAAUAUGAAAAAGGUUACAACAAUAUUGCAGACAAUGCGAUCUGGGAGUCCAAAUACUGAACAACUGUUCAAGAUUUUUGAACUUAAUAUUGCGCAAGCUGGUAUUUUUAAGUUUCUGAGACAGUUGUUACCAGGUAUUUUUGACAUGGAAGAUGAAAUUAUUAGAGAGCAUCUUGCCUUGUUAGAUCGUGUUAAUAAAGCCGUGCAUAAAAAAUAUCGUGAAAUAUUAGCUGAUGGAGCACAAGAAAGUUUAGAAAAGUCGAUGAUAGAUAAAAAUUCUUAUUAUGAUACGAUAAUUGAUAAUUGGCAGAAAGAUCUGAAAAAUUUUGAAAAACUGGAUGUAUUAAAAAAACCUAAGGAGCAAGAUUCUGUGAUCACAGAAUUUAUGAUGGAUAACAAUGAAAGUAGUAAGUCAGAAAUGAAAUCUAAUGAUAUUUCUAAAAUAUCUAAAAGAAAUGAAGAUGUCAAAGUAGGAAAAUUUGAAGACUUUGAACAUUUUAUAUUAACAGAAAUAGAAAAAGCUGUGAAAAAUUCAGAACAAGAUAGUAUUCGAAAAUUGCAAGAACAUAUUGAUGUUUCAAGAGACAUAGCAGAAAAUACAAGUAAAGAAGCAAUUAAUUCAAAUAAAAUAGUUUUGAAUGUUUCCUCUCAAAAUCAAAGUAAAGCUGAUACAUUAAAAAAUAGAAUAAAAUAUCAAAUUGAAUUUAUAAAAAAUAAAAUUGAAGACUUUACAAAAAAUAUAGAUUCUUUGGUAGAUUUUAUUAAAAUUACAAAUUCUUUAGAAAAUGUACAAUCAAAUAAUAUCGACUUUAAAGAAACAGUUACUAAUAAUAAUAGUGCUGACAAACAAGCACACAAAGAAUCUUUACUUACUGACAAUGAUUUCCAAGUAACAGAUGCACAAACAAGUUCUCAGAAUAUUAAAACAAUAGGAAAAGAUAAUAGUGAAGCAUUACAAAAGAUUGAAAAAGAAGUGGUUGAUCCACAUUUAAAUAAUUAUAAAAGUAUACCUUCUAAACUGCCUAAAGAAUGUAAAAAUCAAAUAUCCAAAGAAGAAGGAAAUACGAAGUCCAUUGAUAUUCAACAAGAACUAGAAACUUCCAAUUCAAAUUAUAAUUCUGUAGAUGAAAAUAAAUUGCAACAUAGUCAAAAAUAUACAAAUGAAGUUAAAAGUAAGAAAGUCGAUGUACAAAAACACAAAAGUAAACAUAUCGACGAUGAAUUAUAAUGAAAACUUUUAGGUUUCAAGAUCGAAUAUAUAUAUUAAACGACACUGUGAACAAAUUUUUCACGCCAACAAGCCUGGCAAUCCCAUUCAUACUACAUUUGAUAUUUUUGCACAAAAUUUGAACAUGUAUGCAAUGAGCUUUAAUGUUUUUAUAUGAAAUCCAUUUUAGGAAAGAAUUAGUUAUCUAAUGAAAAAGUGAUAUGAUGACCAGAUUAUAUCAGAACAAUACUUAAAGUCUGUUAAACUGGUGCUUAUGAAAAAAUCUGAUUUGAUUUCAUUUUUUAUUUGAAAUAAAUUAGUGAAAUUAUAAGGAAAAGAAAAACUGUAUGAUACAGAUAAACAGUCUGCGCAAACCAUUUAUCCUAAUGAGGUUGUGACAGAAUAUUCUGUUAAGGUUCUAAUGAAUGUAAAUUUUAUAUAUACCAUUUAAACAUAGCAUAUUUCUUGUGCACUACGAUAGUACAAUGAUGGUAUAUUGUUUUUUCCUUAGGUAAAGGAUUAUAAUUUUCAUUAUCUUAAUUGCAGGUUUGUUUUCUCAUGUUUUUGUACUUAAAAUAUGUGCCAUGAGUAACAAUGUAAAUGAAUAUUUUGACAAAUAAUAUAUAUUACAUUAUUUGUUUACAGUGUAAUUUUAACUUGUAUUCUAAAUAAGAAUAUAAGAAAUAAUGGUUAACAAAUAAUUUCUAAUUACAAUUAUAAAAGUGAAUCUUUUUCUUAAAUACAAUAGUACUACAUUGACUUUCUUAAAGAACAUACAUGCUAUAUUUUGUUAAGGAAAGAAGUUGGUAAAUGUAAAUCUUACUGAUAUCGUUCUUUGAAACUAUCUAUUUCUUUUUAUAACAAUAUUAUUGAAACAAUUGCAAUACAAAAAUUUUUGUUCAUUUAAAUUUAUUUAAUAAUCUAUGCCUUAUAUGUACAUAAAAUUGUAUAAAUAACAGUGUAUAUACAUGUCAUAUAGCAAAGUUAAUAACAAUGGAAGUGGUAAUAUAUCAAAUAGUGUUUAGAAAUUCGUAGCAUCUUAAUUUCCUUAAAACUAUAUAUGUAUGUAUACUCUGUUUUCUAUUUGUAACAUGUUUACAAAUUAUAUUGCAUAUUCUGUAAAAUAAUUUUAAAGCUAUAAUGUAAAAAUUGGAUUUAUUAUGUGCCAUAUAAAAUGCACAAGAAAUACAUAUGUUUUAAAUCAAAUCAAUUUGGGAUAUACACAUAUAUCCUAAAUUAUAUUGGGUCAAUCCUGUAGAAUGUGACUUCGAUUGUAAAUGUAAAUAUUAUAUAAAUAAGUAUAUAAUAAG